CUGGGUUUUCUACUCUGCAUUUCCCGAUCUACACACAACAAAAUGGAAAGUGUGGCUUACUCGGCUAAUUGCUCAGGGGACACAGAGCUCUUGUCUCGGAGAGGUUUCACAAUACUGGCCAUUAUCAUGGGUGUGUUCUCUGUGGCAGGGAUCAUCUUCAAUGUCCUGGUGAUCGUGGUAACAGUGAGACACAGAAAGCUCAGGCAGCCACUCAGCUAUGCCCUCGUCAACCUCGCUGUGUGUGACCUGGGCUGUGCUGUGUUUGGAGGCCUUCCCACCACACUGAAUAGUUCAUUGGGCUCCUUCAGCCUGGGACGAUCUGGCUGUGUGUUGGGGGGCUUUGCGGUUUCCUUUUUUGGUAUUGCAGGACUCUGCACAAUAGCCGUUAUUUCUGUUGAACGCUACAUAGUGGUGUGUUAUCCCAUGGGUGCCGUUCUGUUCCAGACCAGUCAUGCAGUUGCGGGAGUGGUUCUGUCCUGGGUGUGGUCAUUUGUGUGGAACACGCCACCUCUGUUUGGUUGGGGGAGUUAUGAUUUAGAAGGGGUCAAAAUUUCCUGUGCUCCCAAGUGGACCAGCCGUGACAUGGGAAACAAGUCCUACAUGAUCAUAUACUUUUCUCUGUGCUUUGCCGUGCCCUUCAUCACCAUCAUUGUGUCCUACACCCGACUUUUAUGGACCCUUCGUCAGGUCACUAAACUGCAGGUGUCGGAGGGUGGAAGCACUAGUCAUGUGGAGAUGCAGGUUGUACGGAUGGUAGUGGUGAUGGUGGUGGCCUUUCUGGUCUGUUGGCUGCCUUAUGCUGCAAUGGCACUCGCAGUCAUCAUAGACUCCAGUCUUUAUGUGGACCCCAUUCUUGCUACCUUGCCAGUUUUUUUUGCCAAAAGCAGCACCGUCUACAAUCCCAUCAUAUAUAUUUUCAUGAACAGACAGUUUCGCAGCUAUGCUGUUCCCACGCUUCUGUGUGGGUGGAACCCAUGGCCCUCAGACCCACAAAUAUCAGGGUGUGAGACCACUGUCGCUUCCAUUAACAGGUGCAAAAAAAUCUCAUUGGAAGAAUCUUUAAAAGAAUAA